CGAUUCCUGCGUUGGCGAGCUGAGCCGCUGUCCUCUGCGGGAACUCGGGCAGCUCGGCCGCCUGUCAGGGAUGAGCUGAGGGGGACCGACACUGUCUGCUGGCUGCGCUCGGUAACCUGGAGGAUGGACUGUCGGGGACUUCUGCCUGCUGUAGCCGCCGCGUGUUGCAUUGUCAUGGUGGUGAGCCAGACCACCCUCACUCCGGCCGUGAUGAACACCACCCUGGUGGAGAAUGUGACCGGUCUGACUGUAACACCCGUGAUUUUCAGCAGCACGACCCCAGGCUGCUCGUCUUUCAACGUUUCCACUUGUGAGCCGUGUGCGCCGGGAUCACAAUACGACAACAGCACCCUGCUGUGCACGUGCUGCACUGACCCUGGGCUGUGUUUAUUUCCUGGAGCCUGCCAGCCAUGUGCCACGGGCUUUUAUCAGCCAGAAGCUGGACAGCAGACGUGUUUGCCCUGCAGCCGGGGCUUCUACACCAAUUUCACUGGAAGUCCAUUAUGCCACCCCUGCCCCACUGGGUCCUUCAGCAAUGACACUGGAGCAGAACGUUGCACAAGUUGUUUGCCAGGUUUCUUUUCAUUGCAGGAGAGUUCCACUUCAUGCUCACCGUGCGCGUUGGGGAGUUUCUGCAACUCGUCCAGCUGCGCCCAGUGCCAAAUGUGUCCUGGAGGAACAGAAACUCUGCAGACCGGUGCUACACGCUGCACGCCGUGUCGCCCAGGCAUGCACAAGGCUGCCCAUCAGACCAUGUGUCAGAUCUGUGGCAGCGGCUUCUACCAGGUCCAGUGGGGGCAGGAGAGCUGUGAAGUCUGCCCAGAGAACCACUACUGCCCCAGCCCUGAUGUGAACCCCAUCCUGUGUCCGACCGACGCCUUCUGUCCGGAGGGCAGCUUGGCUCCCGGCUACUGCAUGGAGACUUUCUUCCGCAAAUCAGGGGACACUUGUGAAAUGGCUCCCGUCACGAUUGCGCUGUUGGUUAUCGGAGGAGGGGUGGCCUUGCUCUUCAUCGUUUUAAUCGUUCUGCGUCGACGGAGGGACACCGAUGGAGAGCUGACGAUAGCUCGGACUCCACUGUUGCGCAAAGAGCGACCUCAGGGCCGAUACUACGGGCUGCCCUGUGAUGCAGAGCCUGUGUAUGCCGGCUGGUGAACCGCUGAGACUAAAGAACUGACAGACUGAUGGUAAAAUCCUGAACAGGUGCCUUCAGACAAUCCACCAGCUAUGUAAAGUGGUACAUUUGAAUAUAUUAUUGACAAACAGAUUCUUAGUUUGACUUUAUUACAGUCGGAGGUCAGCAUUCCUUCUGUAAACUGGGUUAUUGGAUUAUGAGAGGUAUGCUGGAGUGGUGAAAACGGGACACAUGCCUCGGCUUGGUGGGAAACUCUCCGAUGAAAAGCACUUUUCUUUUUUUUUUUCUUUUUUUUUACUGAGGUAAUCGAUUUACGUUGCAUUCACGUGCUGGUAGACUUGUGGGUGCCUCCAUUAACCCUUAACCUCCCCUCGGUGACUGAGAGGUGUAGACUGUGGCUGUUUUUUAAUGCGUUUGAUUUUUGUGUUGUUUGUAGUUUCAGUAAUACGUUUGCUUAUUGGUUUUCAACUGCUUUUUUAAAAGGUCAUAAUUGUAUGUUUGAAAAGAAAAUAAAUAAAAAUGAUUCAUAUUUGUAA